GCCAUUGUUUUUGUUUAUAUUUAUAAGUACUCCUUUAUUUAGACUACUUACUUAUUGCUUCUCUUUUUUUAUAUGUAAAGUGCAAUUUUCAACCCUUCAACUAUAAUUUGUGUUUAUCUUAAGUGAGCCGUCGUCCUCUCCAGAAAUAUAUUUAACCUGCCUGUCGCCACGUCUUUCGAUGCGUGUCUGUCAUCUCUACACUGCUGUCACCGUGUCGUGAGAAUUCUCAUACUCUCUCCAAGAUCACACAUUUCUCACAGUAGAGAAACUUGUUCAAUCUCAUUUUCAGCCAUGACAACAGAUACUCACUUCUUAACCAUAUAGUUUUCAUCACUUCAUCAGCCUUUUUAUGACUCAUAAACUGUCUUUGGUGCGUACGAUAUUUGCUCUCCCUUCUCUCUGAAGUUAACCGCGAUGCCACUCUGUCAUGUGCUGAACGUGCCUUCCUUAGUUUCUCCUCUCGAAUUUGUAAUUCCUUCAAUUCUCAAAUCACUGUGAUAUUGUUUAAUGUUUAAGUAUGGACUUACUUUUGCAUUAAUUCGAUUAUGUCCUACUUACUCAACAUCAGAAGAAAAUGCUUCGUUCUGAAAGUCAUCACCUUAUCAGGAUUAGUAAUAAUUGUGUUGAAUUUGAUUUUUUUAUCCUACAACAAAGAUUUACUCAAUGGGAGUCCACCUGAAGAAUAUGCUCAGCUUUACUCAAACAACAGUGAUGAACUGUCGCCUUCUGAACAAACCAGACUUUUUCCCAGAUUGGUACGGCCAGCAGAGAAUUCUCUUUUCUCGCAUGUUACAAAUUUCUCCAAAGAAGAAAUUAGCAAGUAUGAGGCAUUGAUCCUAGCGGAUGAGUCAAUCAUCAUUCCUGGUUUAGGAGAAUAUGGUGUACCUGUUGAACAUCUAGAUGGAUUUUCCAAGAAAGAUUUCGAGGAUAAUGUGGCCAAAGAGUCAUUCAAUUUAAUUCUAAGUGAUCGGAUCUCUUACACCAGAAAAAUACCGGAUGCUAGAAAUCCCUUGUGUGAGUCCCAAACAUACCAAGAAGACUCUCUUCCUGUUGCAAGCGUCAUUAUAAUUUUCAAUAAUGAGAGAUGGAGCCCCCUCAUAAGAACCAUAGAGACAACCUUGCAACGCUCUCCUCAAAAAAAGCUCAAGGAAAUAAUUUUAGUCGAUGAUUUCAGUGACACAGAGGAACUAAAAGGAAAACUUGACUAUUACUUGUACACAAGACUACCAUCAAAAGUAAAACUUUUGCGACUAAAAAAACGCUCAGGGUUGAUAAGAGCUCGGCUUGCUGGAGCACAAGUUGCCACAGGAGAUGUUCUGGUUUUCCUUGACUCGCAUUGUGAAGUUGGCAUUAAAUGGCUUGAACCAAUGUUGCAGAGGAUCAAAGAACAAAGAAAUGCAGUUUUAACACCGAUCAUAGACAUUAUUGAUGAUAAAAACUUAGCUUACAUUUACAGUGGUGAUAAGACACACUUCCAAAUUGGUAGUUUUUUCUGGUCAGGCCAUUUCACAUGGAUACCAGUGCCUCCAAGAGAAAACGAACGGAGGAAAUCAGCCAUAGCUCCAACCAGAUCUCCAACCAUGGCAGGUGGGCUUUUUGCAAUAAAUCGAGAGUAUUUUUGGGAAAUUGGGUCCUACGAUUCUCAAAUGGAUGUCUGGGGAGGUGAGAAUUUGGAAAUGUCGUUCAGGAUCUGGCAAUGUGGAGGUCUGCUAGAAACAAUACCCUGCUCUCGUGUUGGUCAUAUUUUCCGGAAUUUCCACCCCUAUUCCUUUCCUGGCUCCAAAGACACUCAUGGUAUAAAUACAGCUCGACUUGUAGAAGUGUGGAUGGAUGACUACAAGCGCUUCUUUUAUUUACACCGGCCAGAGUUGAAGGACAUAGACAUUGGUGACUUGACAGAGAGGAAAAAUCUAAGGCAUAAUCUCAAGUGCAAGUCUUUCAAAUGGUAUCUUGAGAAAAUUUUGCCCGAGAAAUUCAUUCCAGACGAAAAAGUUCAAGCCUAUGGUCGUAUGAGAGCUGUAGAAAGCAACCUGUGUUUAGACAAUCUUCAGAAUAAUAUGGAUAAUCCUUACACUCUUGGAGUUUACUCUUGCCACUCAAAACUUUAUCCCAGCCAGUAUUUCUCGUUAUCUGAUUUGAGUGAACUAAGGCAAGAGGUUCAAUGUGCAGAGGUAGGCACUCAAACAGACAAAAAGAAACGUUACAUAAUAACAAUGUUUGAGUGCCAUGGUGGAGCCAAUCAAAAAUGGAUCAUAACCCAGUCUGGUGGAUUAAAACAUCAGGAAUCAAAUCUCUGUCUGACAGUAAUCUCAGAAGAACCAAUUAGUGUUGUUGCAGCCAAAUGUGAUUCAUCAAAUGCUCAAAUCUGGACUUUUGAUUACUAUACAGGCAAUGCAAAGCCUUUUGAUGUGGGCGAUGCUGAAAUUUUAUAAGCAAAAGAUCUGUCAGAAGCACACUCAUCAAAAAAGACUAAAUCCUAUAGAAUUUUUGCACUUUUUUUCUUCGUAAGUAGACAAUAAAUAUAUGACUGCUUGCUGUAAUAUGUCAAAGCUGUUGGGAAAACGAUUGAGAGAUAGAUAAUAUUAAGGAAGAAAUAGCCAAACAAAAAGAUUGGAAAGCUUGAAAACAAAAUUAGUCAAGAAUAAGUAGUCAGAAACUUAAGUAGGAGUACCUGAGCGUGAGAACGAUUAAUUGGACGUAUUUCUAUCAAAUGGAACUAAGUGCCAUAGGGGGAGGAAGAGAGAGGGGGGCUUGGAUUGGCGGGUGUUGCUGAACGCGAUGCUCAUUCCGUCCUAAACUUGCCAUGCUUUUCCAUGGUGCUUAGUUCCGUUUGAUGGAAUGCGCUAUCCGAGAUUCUAAAAUCCUCAAAUAAAACUCAAUUUGGCGCUUAGUUCCGUCUAACAGAAAUACAUCCAAUUAUUCUAAUACCCAUCUAGAAAAGCUGUACAAAACCAUUACUAUAGUAAUAAAUAUUUAAUGCUCAAAAUAAUGUAGGUAUUUAUCCUGAUAUUCUUCUGUUGUAACGAACGUUUUCUAGGACCAAAUUACAUAGUAGUGCAGUAAACUCUGUCACAACUUCUUUAGUUAAUUUGUAUUUUAUCAAGAUCUGCAUAAGAGGAUAUGUCUAUUUGUCAUGGAUUUGAUAUUCAAUUGAAAUGUUAUAAAAAUGAGGAUAUUAUUUGUGCUCAUGAGCACAGAAGGUAAAAAAAAAUUAGUGUUAGCCCUCGUCUCCACAGGAAGUUGUCAUAAAGAUUUAUCCCAAGUUUGAAUCGUAGGAAUGAAACUCGUAGGACGGGGUUCUCGAGCUCUUGUAUCAAGUUUGCACGGGAAGAUAAAUCAGUAAAAAUCGAGUAUUCAACCGGGAUUAAGAUAAUAAUUGAAAACUAUUACCAACUAGACAAAUGAUUUUUAUCGUACAAACUUGAAUAAUCGAGUGAACAACAAAAUAUCGCUCAGUUUGCUUUCACCUCUUCUUCCUCUCUCAGUAGGUCUUAAGGGCACAAGGACCAUACUUGAUACUGGGAAAAAUAUUGGUGACUUCAAUAUUUUUCGUAAGUGGGAUUUUUCCCUGGGACAAAUUCAUGAAAUGGCCCGUGGAGACUAGGCUUAAGAAUGAGUUUGUACAAGCGGAAUAAUUGUUCUUGCGAAAAAUAGUUUUUCAUAACCCAGCAUACACUGUAGUGCACUGCUCUGGUGACCACAGAACAGUGGUCCGCGCACACGCUCUUGAUUGAAUACUCACCUAUCGCCCGCAUAGAGACUCCUAUGUUUGCCUCGUUCUCAUCUUUUCCUUUUCUUCUUCUCUCGUUAUGCGUUUUUUUAAAGUUAGAAGUGUCUUUUUUUGCUAACUAAACCCAACAGACGGAAAUUGAAGAGAGAGUAUAAGGAUAGGUGAAUGAGAAAAAAUGAACAUUCAUUCUCCUCCAAAAUGAAUGGAUCUGAGCCCGGCAAAUCUGCACGCCCUGGCCAGGAUUCGAACUUGGGACCUCUGGGUCGAGAGUCUCUUACGCAAACUAUUAGACCAACCAAGUUCGAUAUCGUAGAAUUUUACAGCUACAAAGGAGCAGCAGCUAGCUAUCAGCAGGGCUAGGAGCGUUGGUGUCAUCCUAUCCUCUCUUCUGCGUGAUGAAAUUAGCCUGAUGAUGACGCUUUCCCAUAAUCGGUAAAGAGACCGACUAAUUUUAUCAGAUAAGAUGUGCAGUCCCGGUUUCCGGAUAAUUGCAAGUCGACGCAUCCUGCAAUGAGAAGAAGAUAAGGAAAAUACGAGCACGGAAGAUACGUGUGGUACCAUUGAGGGGAAAGGCUUUCUUUAAGAAGAGUCCAUGCCCGUACCAUCUCCUGUGGUCGUUUGAGUGAUGUAUGGCGGGUUAUGGAAAACUAUUUUUUGCAGAAACAACGAUCCUGCUUGUACAAAGAAAACCUAAUUUUUUAAACCAUCCCUAAUGCAAAAAUAUAUCAGAUUAUGGCUCCUUUUAAAAUUACUUUGUCAGCAUAGGAGUUUAUAGUAACCAAACUAAGCCAUAAUGCUUUGAUAGUUUAUUUUUUUAGAGAAAGAAAUUGAUAGUAGAGGUUCAAAUAUUGGGCCUAUCAUGUGUACUUCUCAAAUUCCAAUAGCUAAAACAUGUACCCAGUGUAGAUGGUCUCCUAUUUUAUUUCUUCGGAGAGGUCCUGAAACUAUUCAUCUAAAAGUGGGCCACAUUUUCAAUUGCUGAGUCCACUCUCUUAAGAAUCAGUUUCUGCACAAGUACACAUAAGUAAUUUAGAGUCAACGCAUAGUUUGUAUAUUUUCACCAAUUUGAUGUCUGGGAAAACCAGAUUUUGAGCCUAAUUGUCACAAUCAAUUUGCAACUUUCGGAACUUAGUAUCUCAUUUGUAAUGUUUUUUAGGUAUUGAUACUGAAUUGUUUACGUACAUAGAACUUCUACUUCGUGUGUUAUGAACAAAUAAUUUGAUUUUUCCAAAAAUAUUGGUUUUAUGCUGCAGAUCCUCUGUUUUUUUGCCACUAGAUUCCCUAAUGGAAUUUUUGCAAUUGAUUUUUGUUACAAUCGAGCUGCUGUCUCAGAGAUUUUCAUGCAUGUAUGUGAUUAUGACUUCUUCUGUGAUUUCAUUUUUUCUUUUUCUUAGAGUUUGCAGAGUUUAAAAAGCCUUGUUAUUGUGACAUUGUGUCACGUAAUUUAAGCAUCUCCAAUUUGGAAGCUUUUCAGUUUCUCAUGGAACAGUUCCUAGUGCUUCCUAAAUGCAUUCUCCAUCCAUGGAGCAUUUUAGGUAAAUUUUCUUCUAUUGUUUUUAAUGUUCUUUAUGUGAUUAUGAAACUACCUACUUAAUAUUGAAUUAAUCUAUGUGUACUUACGUAUGUUGUAGUCAGAAAUUGUCAAGCUCUCAAGGGGUCCAAAAAUUAUUGUCAUCAAAUUAAAAACCUACAAGGGUCUUCAAAAUGCAAUGCCUCCAAACUCAUAUUUCAUGUGAAAAAAGACGUUCUUGUAAGGAACUGUCCUUGUUUUUCUUAAGAAAAACUUUAAGGCAGUCUAAGUGCUCUCAUGCAUCCAAAAGAGAGCAAUAACGGGUAAAUCCAAAACCAUUGUCAUUUUGAGAAAAAAUAAGAUUGGAUGCAAUCAGCUCUCUGAAAAGUAUGUUUUAUUACAAAAUGUUUCUGAAGGAACUUGAUUUUCUACUAUUCAUGUGCAGAAUAUUUAAGAAUAUUAUGAAUGUGGAAAGAUUGCAUUCAUCAGUCUUCUGCAUUUAAUCUUAUUGAUCAAACUUUUUUUAUUCACUUAGGAUCUUACUGUAUGAAACAAAUGUAGAUGUACAUAAACUGUGGGGUCAAUGAUGGCAGUGGUGCCAUACGUUCUUUCUCAGUUUAGAGUUAACAGAUUUUUUAAUUCUCUAUUUUGCGCCUUGAAAAUGAAAGAGAUUUAUACUUAAUUUUUCUAUUGUUUUAUUAAUUCUGUGUAAUUUUUGGAGCUUGUUGCGCACCCACUAUUUUUCAAUGUUGGUGCUAUUCAUUCUUUGGUGCACAUUUAAUGUGGCGUUUUUUUUUCUACUUGAAUUAAAUCUAUUAUUUGUAAUUGUUCUCUCUGGUCUACCCCAUUUUUCUUUCAAUUUGCUCAAUGUUAGAUUCCCAUUCAGAGCCUUCUUAAAAAUUUUUUUUGCCUUCAAAAUUUGAUGAUGUUUCAAUUUUUGUUACUUCCAGAUGUACGGAAUCUAUUACUUAAUUCAUUGAAAAAAUAAAAGAAUUUGUUGUUAAUCUUUCA